GGUUGCAGAUGGGAACACAAAACACGAAAGCUGAGCAGGCCUUUGGAUCCCCUAUGUGGCAUGUUACUGUCUGGGUACAAUCGUCCUGCUGCUGAACUUCCUCAGGUCUCACUGCUUUACCCAGGCUAUGUCGAACCAGCCGAAGAUGGAAAGGUUGGAUUGCCUAGAGGCCUACUAUGUAGGCCUUGUCAUCCUGGGAAUUGGCAUCGUCUUUGUGCUCUCCAGUUUCCAUGCCCUUGGAUUCAUUGGGACAUAUCUAGGUGAUUACUUUGGAAUCUUGAAGGAAGCAAGAGUGACAAAGUUUCCAUUUAGUGUCUUGGACAAUCCCAUGUACUGGGGGAGCACAGCCAACUACCUUGGGUGGUCAAUCAUGAAUGCCAGCCCUACAGGCCUCCUGCUGACAGUCAUUGUGGCUCUCACCUACACAGUCGCCAUUGUGUAUGAAGAGCCUUUCACUGAGGAGAUCUACCGGCAAAAAGCGCUGAAGUCAAAGAAGAAUAAAUAAAUGCCAGCAGGAUUUGUGUUGGAGAAUGGGUAAAGGAGGGAUUCUGACUGACUGCAUUGCUGGAAGCCAAGCUCUGGCCCCUACUUCAUGUGUUGGAUAAUUUCAAGCAAAAUGUUUGGUGACCACCUGGGUACUCAGCUCCAGUCCCUCCCCACCCCCCAGGGGCUGGGGGUGAUCACAUAAGGUGCCUUAUGAAACUGCUGCCUGGGAGGUGGGGAGGAUUCACCACUGGGUACAUGCCCUCACUACUCCCCCCCCCCCAACUUCCCAACUCAAUAAUAAAUAGCCUAAUUCAUA